GCGCCAGCGAUUUACCCCAAGCUCUUCUAUCUCAAAACUGGGCGUAUUAUUGUGCGUGUCAGUCACUUCAGCUUUGCGAUCGACUUCAGCACACAGAUGUUGCAUGAGGCUUUCAUGGUCACCGCCCCGGACGGACACUUGUGAGAUUUGUGAGGAUUUCUUGUGCAACAUUGACAACCAUAGUCAGGCCACAUGACAACCUGACGCAAUUUACACCCGUGCCCAUGUUCACAAAAACGAGUCAAGUCGUCAUCCAGCACCAACAACAUCCAACAACCAUAGCUUCACCACAGGUUCGGUUCUUGUGUUACCUCCGAUGGUCUCGCAGAAGAGCUGGCGGGACCCUCCUCGGAGAUCUUUUCAGGGCGGCCAGCUGUCAGAUGCGGAAUGUCUCGGCGAUCGAGCGCGAGGUGGCCCGCACGGCUCAAUUUCGCUCGCCAGAGACGCUGGGAAGUGCAGAACUUGCGGCUGACGCCAAACUCCAUGCUAGAGGAGUUCGUGCGCAAAGUGCCCGCGAAGCUCGCCAUGGCUUCCUACAGGAUGUGGUCAAGUCCAUCGUCAUCUGGACACUAUGCUGCUUGCUUCAGUGUAGCCUCGUUUGGGCACUUGCACAUUUCAGCGUGAGCUUGCAGCUCCCAAAGUGGAUGUCCGGAUCAGGGUGGCUUCUACUGGGCUCCUGCCCCGUGCUCGGAGCCGAGCGGCUGCUGCAACGCAGCGCGGCGGGCGUGAAGCUCCGCGGCAUCUCUGGAGAUGGCCCAAUGAAGGAGGUUCCCAGCAGGUGCUUUCCAGCCAUCAUUUUACUGCCAGCACUGCCAGGAGCGCCGUGGUUUGGCCCAAGACGAGUCAGACUGCUCCUGGCCCUCAUGGCUGGCAUGCUCCUGACGGCCCUCGACAGGUGUUUGUCGCCCUUUGCUGCGGUGAUUGGAGGGUGCUUGGAAACGUUGCUCUUGCUGUUGAGGGCCGGCUUCGCGUCGAUCUGGAUCUGCGAUUGGCGCUUGCAAGAGCUCUGGCGAAAAAAGACCUGAGAAAAAUCAUGCACUGCCUCCGGUGUCUUUGUUGGGCUGGUAGAUCUGUUUGGAGAGUUUGUGCAAAACCAUUGUCAAAGAUGACAAGGGUACAAUCAAGUAGGUUUUUUUGAAGAAAACAACACGUUUUCUGUGAUAUUUGUUGCCUAUGUUGGUUGCAAACACAAGAUCCAUGAUGCUAGUGAUGCCUUUUGC